AUGGGCCAGGUUCUCUCCAGCCACAAUGACGGUCCGGGGACCAGGACGCGUGAGGAGCUUAGAAGGGAGCUGGCCGAAAGGUUCGCCACAAAAUGCUUUACGUCCAUCGAGCUCUACUCACUAAAGGACAACUUCAAAAGUCUCGCCGAUGUCCAGCGGGACUCCGGAGGGAGCCCGCAUCACUAUAUUUCGGAAACCACAGUUGCGAGGUUCUUGGAACUUCCUGACAUCCUUGACGUGUCACCCGUGAUCGGAAAGAUGGUAUCAUUUAUUGGUGCAUUUCCCUUCCUACAGGACGCACCAGCCAUUAUGGGCCUGGAGGCGCUCGUGAUUACCGUCAUUAUUCUCACCGAGAGAUACCAGAGAGUCCUAUCGAAGGGGUCUACCGACAGGAGGAAGCUUCUCUUCAGAAGCUUAGCCGUGUACGACCGGAAGCUGUCACAGUUACAGGACGCCAGCUCCACGCCAGGUGCCCACGAACUCAGCAUGGGCAAGGCCAGCGAGGACGAGCCUGAGGACUCUGAGGACGAGGAUGACGGCUUAGUAAUAUCGACACUUGAAUUGCUGGACUGUGUCGAGGCAUACAAAGACGCAGGCGUGCCGACGACUCAUGAAGCUAUAAUUCCGGCCGACAAUUUCAGGAAGCUAAUCAUGCUGCUGCUGGUCGUGGCACCAAUGGAUCCUCAAGAGAAGCUUUCUCAGUAUGCUGAACGCACGACGGGGCCAGAGCUCGAAAACCUACGCACUGCAGCAGAAAGCAUCCUUGCGGCGUUUCUGAACGUUGAAAGAUCACCGGGUAUCAAGUCUGGGGCCUUUGAUUCCGUGCUGCCUGUUGCCCUUCCAUUCCUAUUUCAGGGCUUCAAUGCGCUCUUUGAGCGCUUCCUCUUCUCCAAGAAUUUGGCUUUCGACAAACGAAGGGAAGAAAGUGACAAGACAAACGGCCCAUCCCCACGUAUUGCCGCCCCGCUGUUACAGGACACAGCAUCCAUCAUGAACUCGACCGUCAUGUCUCAGCUAUCCUUCUUCAUCCCGGGCUCUUCUCUAUUCCGUCGACUGCGGUUGUUAUUUGCAGGAGAGCAUGAUGGUUUCUCUAUGGGCUCCUUCGAAACCAAGGUAUUCAAUUGGCGGGCGCCGACGGUUUUACUCGUGCGAGGCACGAGAGUAACAGACUCGUCUGGCAAAAGCGAGGAGCGUUUUGCAGCCUCGCUGCCGCCCAAGCGUUUCCCGGAUGGCUCCCGGUCAAGCAGACUGACUUAUGGCAUGUACGUAUCCCAGCCAUGGCGGCAUUCGCACAAAGAAUGCUUUGGAACAUCAGAUACACUCCUGUUCCAGCUUGAGCCAAUCCACGAUGUGUUCCCCGCCAGCACGUUGAACACUGAUUAUGUGUCGUUCACAAAGCCAGGCGUUGGUUCGACCAAUAAUGGUAUUUCGGUAGGGAAUCCAUUACCCACAUCAUCAUCAUCAUAUCGCAAACAAAGUGUUACACACCUCGGCUCCGUGGCCCUCCUGCUCGACUCUAGCUUCGAGUUUGGCGUGUUCACACAUGAUAAUUCCUCGAGAGGUGGUGCUUUCCAGAACAGCGCGUCGCGCAAGUUCGAUUUCCAGGAUCGGUUCGAGAUUGACAGUCUCGAGGUCUGGGGAUGCGGAGGUGACGAGGAGGCCAAGGUUCAAGCUGAGCGAUGGGCAUUUGAAGCUCGAGAGGCGGAGGCCAGAAGGCGAAUUAAUCUCGGCACAGGAGAUAUCGAAGCAGAUAGGGCCCUGCUCGAAAUGGCAGGUCUAAUAGGAGGGAAUAGGAGCGGAGGGUCGAUGGCGUAA